AUGUCCACGAUUCCGAUCCGCACGCUUAACAAUGGAGUAAAGAUGCCUGCUAUCGGCCUUGGCUGCUGGUCCGGUACUACUCCAGAGGAACAGGCGAAGUCUGAGCCGUGGAUCCUCACUGCUCUUGAGAACGGCUAUCGCCAUCUUGAUACCGCCUAUGGAUAUCAUACUGAGAAAUACGUCGGCAACGCAGUGCGCCGGAGCGGUAUCCCGCGAGAAGAGAUCUUUAUCACGACGAAGUUACCCUCGAAUCACCAUGCCCGAGUAGCAGAGUCUCUGGAGGAAAGUCUGGAGCGAGCGGGGUUGGACUACUUCGAUCUUCUGACGACGACACAGUAUCUGAUGCAUUGGCCCAUGGCGUUCCAUUAUCGCCCUGACGGUUCCAAGCGUGCUGAUGGCAAGCCUGACCUCGACGAGGAGACGACCUUCUCCAAGACGUGGGCUGAUAUGGAAAAGCUGGUAGGCACGGGCAAAGUCCGUGCCAUUGGGAUUUCCAACUUUAGCGUCCAAAAUCUCGAUAUCUUACUGAAAGAUGCCAAGAUUGUCCCAGCAGUUAAUCAGGUUGAGCUGCACCCGUUACUGGCACAGAAUGAGCUGGUGAAGUACUGUCUGGACCGGGGGAUAAUGCUCACUGCGUACUCCCCUACCGGUUACGCACAAGUGCGCGAACAUCCUGAAGUCAUCAAGGUUGCUUCAAAACACAACGCCUCCCCAGCGCAGAUCUCCUUGGCGUGGCAUCUAGCACGCGGAUAUACUGCUUGUCCGAAGAGUACAGAUUCGGGACGGCAGAAGGAGAACUUGAACCGGCCAACAUUGGACAAGGAAGACAUGGAUAUUCUGAACAGUAUCGACGAGAAUGUACAUCUAUGCAAUUACGGGCCUCCGCCACUUGUUUCUGGAUGGACGUACGAACAGCUUGGCUGGUCGAGGCCAUACAAGGAGAAGAACUGA